AUGGAGUCACCUGAUGAUAGUUUUGAAUGGAAAAGAAAGGGGAAAAGACUUUUAAAACCAUUUGAGUCAGAAGAGGAAUUGGAAGAAAAGCUGGCUCAACCCAGUGAAGAAGAAACUAAAAGCUACUUUGAAACAAAAAAGAGAUUAAAUGAAAGCAAACCUGGGAUAUCUCAUGAGGGGAUUGAUAAGAUUUCUCGGAGAAAGGAAAAAAAAAGAGUUGGGACUGGAGUUCUUGGUACUUUGGUAGACUCAAUUAGGCAAAAAGAUACUCAAAUAUUUGAUAAUUUAGAAGCAGAAAGUCUUUCAGAAGAAGAUAAAACAUUCAAGGUUUCUAAAACAAAGAAUCUGACUAAAAAAAGAAAGAAAAAAAGUACAGAAUCUAUUGAUAUUUCCAAUUUAUUAUGCAGUUUGGACAAUACUACUUCAAAGGAAAAUCAUAAGACAAAUAAGUCUAAUGGUGAUUUAGAUAGUAUGUUUGAAUCGUUCAACAUACCUAGCUCUGAUACCGAAAGUAAUUCUGAUUUUCAAACGGAUCGUUUAGAGAAAAUUAAUUUAAACAACAAUGAAAGAGACAGAAAAACAACUCAAGAUAUUCAAAGCAAUACGAGCGAAGAAGAUGAAGAGUUAUUUAAUUUAACAGAAAUAGAGAAAGCACUGAAAAAAUGUGUUAAGGAUGAUUAUAAUCCUUCUUUGAAGCUUAAUGAAUGGCUACCCACUCAUUGUAUUGAUGUAAGAUCAGAAAUUGCACGUCAGAUGGAUGAUGAUGUGGAAGUCAAGGAGAUUACUGAAAGACACGAAUUUUUCUAUUCUCAAUGGAUAGAACAGAUUUCUUAUUUAUCUUCUUUGACAAAAGGAUUUACGAGAAGUAUUCAAGAUUGCUUUGUUAGAGAAGGACAAAUUUUAGCUAUUUCUAGUAUUAAGGAAAAUAAUCCUGAACUUUUGUUGGAUCCAGAUGACAAAAUUUUGAUAACAGUACAAAACUCAGAUGGAUGUGUAGUUUUAAACAGACUAGUUAACAUAGCAAAUUCUCAGGAAAAGUUACUGAAUGACAUGAACAAAGAAACUGGAAUAUCUACUAUUACAGAAGAUGAUUCCACUCUUAGAUUAAAAUAUGGAAUAAUUUCUUUAAAAGCUAGGACUAAACUUUGGUGGUUUUGCAGAAUGGCUGAACACUGUGGAUUGGUUGGAAGAGAAGGGAAUAAUAUGAUUAAGUAUCAUGUUCUAGAAAAACCUAGGAAAAAAAUGUCAAAUUCAAUCUUUUCUAUAAAUGCUAAUAUAGUUUCUUCUAUUGACCCUAAUAUGGAUUUAUUCAAUAAAAAUGACUUAGAUAGCAAUAAGGAGGACUAUGAUGAUUUAACUGAUGACGAAUAUGGUGAUAAGAAUAGUGAUACGGUAAGAAUGAAUGAAAUGGAUUCAAAAUGGUCAUAUAUUUCUUCUAUCAAAGUUUCAGAAAAGACUAGGCCUUGGGAAAAGAGACUUAAGAAAUCUGAAUUAGAGUUUUCAGAAGCCAAAUCUCCAAAGGACGAAGAAAGUACUGGUAAUCGUUCCAAAAAAGAAUUGUUCAAGUUUAUGUUGAAGAAUAUUGGACCAAGGCCUAUUUGGACGAGUAUAAUUGGAGAUGUUGAUAAAUUUGGAAGAUUUCCUUUAGAAAUAGAGCCUCCAGUGAAUUUAUCUCUUCGGGAACAGGGGCAGUUAAAGAUUAAAUGGUUGCAAAUGAAAAGCCAAGCUGAGAAACUGGCAACACACCACUUUAAAAUAAUGGAUCCAGAAACUAAAGAUCUGGAUCAUGAUAUUAUAAAGUAUUGGAGCAAACUUUUCAAAGUUAAUUUACUAUUUCCUCUUGAUGAAACUCAUAAAAUAAGGAAAGUUGACAAGAGUGAUACCAAUAAUUCAAACUUAUCUAUAGACAGUAGUCAUGUGGUUAAAGAAGUGAUUAUAGAGGAGGAUAAUAAUAAAGACAAUGGUAAUGACCAGAAACCAAAUACUUUUAGCUUUUUUGAAGAUGCAAAUACAACCAAAAGAAACUCCUUACCUUUAGAUGUGGAGUUUGUAAGUGAUUUAAGUGAGUCAGACCCAGAAAUCAUACAGGAAAAUGAUGAAGGAUGUGAAUCAGAAGAAGGAAUCGUUGAUAUUAAUGAAGGUAAUAAGAAUAAUGAUUUACGGGCUGAGAGUAAAUUACUUGAUGAUACAAAUGAAUAUUAUUCAGCUGAGGAAGUUUUAGAAUAUGGGCUAGAAAAAAAGCCAGAGUCUGAUAAAGAGGAAAAUAUUCAAGAAAAUGAAGGAGUUUACGAUUCAGAUGAUGAGGCAAAGUUAGAAAUUAAAAGAAAAGCAUAUAGAAAACUUAAAGCAAUAAGGAGGAAUAGAAGAAAGUUCAAGAAAAAAAUGAUGGAGAAAUAUGGACACUUAUUUGAGGAUGAGGCAGAGGAAAGUGAUGAUGACGGUAUCCGAAUAUUAAAGAGAGGUAUUAGUGGAGAUGAUAGUGAUGUUGAUGAUAAUGAUGAUGACAUGGACUGGGAUGAGCUAAGUGGCUUUUCUGACUUUAUUGAUGACAACAACUAUGAAGAUGGAGAACUGGACGGAGAUGCAAUACAAGCUCAUUUAAAGCAUAUGAAACAAAUAGAGGAAAAACAAUAUAGACAACUUUUCACACUGGAAGGUAUUAAGGAAAGAAAGAAUAAAGUAUAUGGGUUUGCCACUAACUUGGAUGAUGGAAUUGAAGGCGAAACUAGAUUGGAGAAGAAAAAGAAUGAAAUGCUCUUUAACUCAGCCUUCUUUGAUGAUGAUGUUAUUAGUGAAUUUUGGACAGAUGAAGAAGAGCUAGAUGAUUAUGAAGAAGAAAUUGAUGAGAGAGAUCUAACAGAGAUGGUUGGAUUGAACUAUGAAGAAUGGCAGAACAGUUUACCAAGCAAAUUAAAUUCUUCAGAUGAAUCGUUGAAUGAAAAAAGAAAAUUCAAAUAUAACAUUUUAAAGGAGUCUCUGAUUAAAGAAGCUUCUAAUAGCAUUAAUCUUCUCAAACAAAGGUUCAAAUCAAUUCAAACUAAGUUAAGUGAGGAUGUUGAUAUAAAUCCAGAAGAAAAGAGAGAAUUACAAACUAAGUAUAUGGAAUGUAUUGAAAAGUUGAAAAAACUUUUAAAUUCCAUUCAUUUUGCUUGCAAUAAAUGCAUCUAUGAAAAUCACCAAUUCUUUGAUCACAUUGACAUAUAUGAGUACAUUCAAAAACGCCAGGAAGUCAGAAAACAAAACAAAUCUAGGGUUAAGAACGCCGAUGAAUCUAAAGUCAAAUUUAAAGGCAAGUACCAAAAUAAGUACCUUAGAGAAAAUAUUAAUCCAUUAAAUAAAAUAGUUAAUCAUAUUUCUGACUCAGAAGAUGAGAUAAUUGACCACAAAAAAGUGCGAAAAAGCGGAAAAAAUAUAGUAAAUAUUAAGGGAGGGAGGUUUAUGAUCUCUAAGAAGUAA